CGCCGCCUUGAAGCGGCCUACGGUCAUUACGCCUACACCUGCCCCGUUCGACAGACGGCCAAAUGGGGCACCUCGUACUUGGCCAAGGACCCUCCAGUCUUCAUCUAUCACAGGGCACUUAACAAGACGGCGCUUUAUGGCGCCAACCACGGCGAUCAAAUGCGCUACCAAACGUACAACCCAGAGGUCCGCACCAUCUCACCCGCACAGGACGAGGUCGCAGGCAAGUUUCACGCCUACUGCGUAAGCUUCAUUCUUACGAGUGAUCCGAACAAGGCGCUGAAGGCGACGGGCAACCCCAGGUUUGCGAACCGACCACAGUGGCCUGGUUGGAAGGGGGGCCGGGGCCUGACUUUGGUACUAGGCGAAGGCAACGACGAACGCGCUGGAGGCACAAGUGCUGGUGUCGCGGAAAAUGUGAAGGAAAAUGGUUGGGCGGAUAAGGAGUGUGACUUUUGGUGGAGGAUGACAGAGAAGUACGAAGACUAG